AUGGGUCAGACCUGAAGCUAUUGAGUAAACACCAAACAAAAAGAGGAAUUUGAGUGCAAUCUCAUACCUAGAAAGGGCACGCAAGUGGUGACCACUGACACCUUCAUCUCUACUGAAGCCAGCUCAUCUCCUAGGAAGAAGAAAAGGGCCAGUAAAAAGAAGAAAAGAGUUAAGAAAAAUAAGAUGAGAAAGUCUAAGAGUACUGCUAUAAUGGCACCAAGCUUCGGCAGUAGCCAAUUGAACCAGAAAAUUGAUGAAAUUGCAUUGGAUAAAAGACUUUCGAGCCCCUUGCCCUUGCUAGUUCCUGAUCCCGACUAUAUCGGGACUAACAGGCACUAUAUCUCGCUUUUUAAGGAGUCUCAUUCAAACUGUUGUGAGCUUAUGAACCUCAUGGAUGAUGAAGACAUGUGGAACCUCGUAAAAGAUAAGAACAAUAUCCAACUAUUCAAAAUCAUAAGAAAGCUAAAACCCUCAGAAUGAUUCAUUAAGCGUAUUGUUGAAAUAGACGGUGACAAGGAUGAAGUCAUCGAGUGCUUCAGAGACGUAGACUUCCAGCUAUCUAUAAACAGUAAACUUAAGACACUGGAUCUGAUCGACCAAAUUACUGAGGAAGCCAGCAUCACUCAUCAGAUCUCAAAGGGGUUCUUCCCAGUAAAUGGGAGAGAAUUCUACACAUUUUCGAACAGAUAUGACCUUAAUCCAAGGAUCUCGGUCAUUUGUAACCAUAAUGUUGAGAGUGAAGAUUUUCCGAAACUAAAGAAAGUUACCAGAGGCACUAUUAGUACCAUCUUCGUCUUCGAAAAGCUACAAAAAUCCUCUAACUCCACUGUAGCUCCAAUCAGGACGAGGAUCACCAACGUGCUGAAUGUAGAUCUGAAGGGUAAAAUCCCUGCCUUCAUCUCAGGAAUUAUGGCGAACACCAUGCACAGUAGUUUUGCCUUGAUGAAGAAAAAGAUGGAGCAAAGGUUGGCUGGGCAGAACUAGGACAAACAGAAAUAAAAUAUAGUAAGGAAUUUCACAUUUAAAAUCUU